AAGCCUGCAGGUAUUUUCUACAGCACUGGAUCCCAAGGUGGUGGACAAGAGACUACUCCAUUAACAGCAAUCACUCAGCUAGCUCACCAUGGAAUGAUCUUUGUUCCCAUUGGCUACACCUUUGGUGGUGCCAUGUUUGAGAUGGAGAAGGUGAAGGGAGGAAGCCCUUAUGGCGCUGGCACUUUCGCUGGAGAUGGCUCAAGAGCUCCGACAGAGCUAGAACUUGAGCUCGCUUUCCACCAGGGCAAAUAUUUUGCAUUAAUUGCAAAGAAGCUCAAAGGUUUCGCUUGAUCAAUGGACCCAACCUUAGUAAACUAAAUUUAUUUUGUUUAUUUUUCCAUAUGGCUUCAAGCAUAAUUUAUCUUCCUCAGUUCUAAGUUAGGUAAUAUAAUAAGUGUAUGGACACUUGAUAGAGCAGAGGGCUGAGGUAUUUCCUUUGUUUAGUGUAUUUUUUGCUUGGUGUGAGUGUAUAUCAUUAGUGCGUUUUCCUCCACAGUAUAGACUGUCUUUUUUAUAGAAAUUAACCAAUGGUUUUGCUA